AUGUCUUCAUCGCGCUUGAAUCAACUGGUUGAACGAAGUCUUCUUCUGGAAGACGGCAACCUGUUUGGUGUGAAGCGUCAGCGCAAGGAGGUCGAUUACUCAGACGCCUUAACUGACAAACAAUUUCUCAAAGCCAUUGAUGAAGGAGGCCUCGAGGAAGCUGAGGAGCGUUCUCGAGUACGUAGGGCGGCUGCACACAAGAGGGCUCGCAAACGUCGAGCCGACGACAGUCUAGCAUGUGGUGACGAUACAACUGGAGAUGCAGGCUCAGAGGCUGGUGAGAGUAGUUCAAGUGCUACUUCACGAUACCAUCAUCACCAUCAUCAUCAUCAUCACCAUCAUCAACAACAACAGAUGUCUUCUGAAGGGACACCGGUAAAGAGGAAGCGUGGCCGGCCUCCAGCUAGUGGUUCGAGUGACAGACGU